AUGGAGUAAGUAAAUUAGUAGGUGAUCUGCUUAAUUAUAGGGCCUUCGCAGGAUAACUUAAAUACAUUUGAGGACAAUCUUCUAGAGUAUUUAAAAAAAAUUUUCAAUGAAGAUUUUAGUGAUAUGAUUACAAGCAUGUAAAAAUUUACUAAGGAAGGACGUGCCAACUGCUUGAUUACUAUGAAAAUGGAUUAGUUCAAACAAUUAGCAGAAAUUUAAAAUAAAUUGGAGAACAAAAUGAACGAUUACAUUUUUAAUUUUUAUGAAAAUCAGCUUGAGGAGUCUAAUGAUCAUAUUUUUUAGUGCGGAAAGAUGCAAAGAUAGUUUUAUAAGCUGAUGAUACCUCAAGAGCGUGAAAUGAAGGGUGCUUUUGGUGAGAUAUUUUUAGUUCAAAAUAAGGUAGACGGGAAUAUUUAUGUUAUUAAGAAGCGUAAGGAAGAUAAUGUACCAAAAAAAGCAACAUUAAAAACUAUCUAAAAUUUGAAAUAUAUGAGGGAAGCUGCUAAUAUGAUGCGUUUAUCUCAUCCUAAUAUUGUUAGAGCAUAUGAUUGGUGGUUGGAAAAGUCUGAUAACUCUUGCAAUCAAUUCAAUCUCUAUAUUUAAAUGGAGUAUGUAGGUGAAAUAAACAAAGCCCAUAAUUUAUUUUCAUUCACAAAAUAAAUUCUUAAAAAUAUGACAGAUUUACCUAAUAAAAGAAUAAUUAUUCAUCACUUUUUCAAACAGAUACUAAGUGGUUUGCUUUAUAUUCAUGAAAACGGCUAUGUCCAUCGUGAUUUAAAACCUGAGAAUAUAUUUGUUGACCCUGUAAGAUAAAUCUGCAAAAUAGGAGAUUUUGGUUUCAGCAAAUAAAUCUAAAUUGAGAAUAAAGUAGGUGAACUCUAGUUUAGAAAAGUGCCUUCUUCAACAUAUGGAACCGUUUGUUAUUAACCACCAGAGUUGAGAAGUUAGUUCGACAGUUGUGGAGAUUUAUACAAUCUUGGUUUAAUUUUAUUAGAUAUGUGCAACAAUAUGGAAAAUAGAAAAACUGAUCACUACAAUGCAACUUAUAAACAGGAUGAAUAAAAAUUCCCACAAGGCUUUAGAGAAAAUUAUUAACAUGAAUCAAAAUUAAUAGAAAUUUUGUGCGCAUGUGACCCUCAAUAAAGAUAAGAAUAUUAGGGAGAGCUAGAAAACUAUGAUGAAUUUAUAAAAUAAUAAAAAGUUUUAAUUCUAUCCACAAGUUCAUGA